AUGCAGCGCAAGUCUACCGGCACUAAAAACCCCUGCGCAAGUCAACGUCCCUGCUCCCACCGAGCCUCUCAAAAGCUCCUCGCGGAAAGGUUUGUCUGGCCUGGCAUGAACAAGGACGUCAAAGCUUGGGCCCGGUCGUGUCUGAGCUGCCAGCGCAACAAGGUGCAGCGUCACACCAAGUCCUCACCAGGUACCUUUCCCAGUCCCGACGCACGGUUCAGCCAUGUGCAUCUGGAUGUCGUAGACCCCUUGCCUCCAUCCAAUGUUUUCACCUACCUCCUUACUUGUGUCGAUCGAUAUACUCGCUGGGCUGAAGCUAUUCCUUUGCCGAAUGUUCAGGCUCAAACCAUCGUGAAGGCCUUCGUCAGUCGUUGGGUCGCCAUGUUCGGUGCCCCAUCCACGGUUACGACUGAUCGUGGUGCCCAGUUUGAGUCGGCACUCUUCCAAACGCUACUCAAUUUCCUUGGCUGCCCACGCAUUCGGACGACAGCCUACCACCCAGCUGCCAACGGUAUGGUGUAACGUUUGCAUCGCCAUCUAGAGACCGCUCUGCGUGCCGUCGAAGACCCAGGAAACUGGUCGGACAACCUUCCUCUUGCACUCCCCGGCGUCCGCGCUGCUCUGAAGUCGGAUCUGGGCUGUAGCGCAGCUGAAUUGGUUUUCGGCACUACCCUCCGACUGCCAGGCGAGAUGAUCACCCCAACCUCUCGUGGAGCCGACGAGACUCCUGACAAUCUUGUGCACCGUUUGCGGCAAUUUAUGCGCUCGCUUUCCCCGAUUCCACCUCGAACUCCAAUGACUGAGUCUUAUGUCGAAAAAGGCUUGGACAAGUGUACUCAUGUGUUCGUCCGGUGUGACCGUGUGCGCCAGCCGCUGGAAUCACCAUACGAAGGACCGUUCCGCGUGCUCGCGCGCAACACCAAGACCUUCCGGAUCCUUCGCAGUGACAAGGAGGACGUGGUCAGUGUCGAUCGGGUCAAGGCUGCUGUCGCAGAGGAGCCGCCGGACCUGUCACAAGGACAAAAAUGUGCUGACCCCCUAACCCCUGUUCCUCCAUCAUCCCUAUCCCCUACUCGUUCACCCUGCCCACUGCCUUGCCCUUCCCCUCCCUUGCCCUCUACCCCUCCGUUCCGCAUACUUCCUUUGCCCCCAUGUCGGCAACCCACAACUGCAACUACUCCUUCAUCAACUAACAACACUGUAACCGCGAGCCAUACUCACUCUACCCCCGUGCCCCCUGCUGUAUAUAUCACCCGUAGUGGACGCCAUGUUCAUUUUACUGACCGUUUGGUUACUCAUGUUUUUUAGACAUCAGCAAUUCCUUCGGCAUCGCUUCGCGCCGCCUUCGGUCUAGCCGGGGGUACUGUGGCAGUUCGCGUCUCCUCGCCCUCCGCCUUUGUCACGCUGCCGUCCUGUCCGCCGCACACUCCGUGUCGAUACGCUACUGGGACGCGUGAGUGCUCGAAGCCAAUCAACGCCGUCCCCACUCUGAUUGGCUGGCGAACGUGGAGACAACAAAGGGUGCACACGCGCUCACAACACCCCGAGGGCGGACGCAGACAACAGCUUGCUUGGAGCGCGCUCGCGGCGACUGCCUACAGAGCCAACCUUGUGUACGCACUUUCUCUGGCAGUAAAAGGUUGUCCAACUCAAACUGUCUUCCCUGACUUUUGA